GUCAGUUCAGUUCAUUCAGUCGGGCCAUGAAGCAAAGCUCCGCGCAUUGUGGAUUUGCGCGUGUCGAAAGGGGAAACAGCAAAAACGCCAUUUUUUUCGAGUAACGGUGCGUGCGUAAUUUUAUCCGUUAUCUUUCCUCGACAAACAUUCGAACUGGGAAACAACAGGAAUUCCAUUUUUUCGAGUUAAGAUACUAAUCGAUUGGAAUUGGGAAUUUGCAUAUCCUUUAUACCGAAAGCAGUCAGGAGGAUUCUUUUCCGCCCCUGAAUUCCCUGAAGCGGGAGGAAGGCCGCCACGUUGGAAGGAAAACGGCUUUUCACGGCAGUUAAUAAAUUUUUAACUGGUUCAACAAUUGCCCGCGAGUUUCGCCAACUAAUGACGAGAAACGCGGCGGUGAGUGGCGAUGAACCCGACGAGGAGCAGGCGUCAGCGGUAGUCGCUGAAGGUGAGGAUCAGGAGACUCAAAACCAGGCGAUGCAGGAUGAUGGGCAACCAGGAGGCGAGGGCCACCACCUCAGCAGCGAAAAGCAACAAUCGACAGAGCAGUGUCGUCAGAGGCCGCGGAAAAAAUUGACGGACAAGCAACCACAACGAAGUGCUGCCAAUUCGCAUCCAGAGCAGGCGGAUGCGGACACGGACUCCAGCUCCUGCGAAGGCAUUAAAGUGGGUCAGCGGAGGGGCACGCGGGUGAGCUACGCUCAGAGAAACCUUCAUGGGGCGGAGCUGGAGGACUACGACUACGAUGGGGAAGGGGAGGGGGAGCGGGAGGAAGAUGGGGAGGAGGAAGAAGAGGAGGAAGAAUCCUACGACGACUACGAACAGUCCUCGAAACCGGAGGGACGUCGACCUUCUGCCCGAACCGCCUUGAGCGUCCGCAGCAGACGAAAGACGAAAACCCGUCAAAUUUGCUAUGCAUCCUCGGACUUGGAGCUGGGAAUUGGCGACGGACCCAACCUAAUCGACGGCGAGACCCUGCAUAAACGCCGCUGCAUCUCCAAGGGACAAAUGCGGGAAUUCCGGGAGGCCUUCCGGCUCUUUGACAAGGAUGGCGAUGGCUGCAUAACCAAAGAGGAGCUCGGCACAGUGAUGCGGUCACUGGGACAAUUUGCCAGAGUAGAAGAGCUGCAGGAGAUGUUGCAGGAGAUCGACGUGGACGGGGACGGGAACGUCAGUUUUGAGGAGUUCGUUGAUAUCCUGUCAAACAUGACGUACGAGGAUAAGUCAGGUCUAUCCUCCGCCGAUCAGGAGGAGCGGGAACUACGCGACGCCUUCCGCGUCUUCGACAAGCACAACCGGGGAUACAUAACAGCCUCUGACUUGCGAGCCGUGCUGCAGUGUCUGGGCGAGGAUCUCGACGAGGAGGACAUUGAGGACAUGAUCAAGGAGGUGGACGUGGACGGCGACGGGCGCAUUGACUUCUACGAGUUUGUCCACGCAUUGGGAGAACCGGAGGACUCGCAGGAGAACGACGACGAGGAUGUGGACACCACAUCGCCGCUGCCCACACCGAAAUCGGCCAUUUCCCUAAGCUACGAUUGAGGCUACCCGAGUUCGCUCUAUGUGCAUGUUGAUUGUCGAGAGAGGAAUCCAAAGUUUGAAUAAUAUAUUAAAUAGCUUAAAUUAAAAAACACGAACCGAUACAGAUGUUCACCAAUAAUCGAACGGCAAAGAUUCGAUAUGUAUGUAUGUAUUUCUUAUCAAUAUUUUUCAACUACUAAGCCAUAGUUAGUGAUGCAAUAUACGUGCCCAAUUUUUCGCCGAAAGUAAAACAAAGCAGCAUUAAAAAGAUAACGGUUCUUCUCAGGAACUGAAUAACAAAACCUGAACAAAAAACAAUAACAUUGAUAGAUUUUCGUGCAAUGAGAAAAUAUUAUGUAGCGCGUCAUAAGAUUAGCGCCCCUGCAUAGCUCCGUUUCUUCUUAUGUUCUGUAUUUAAAUACAAAUCUAGAAACAACAAACUGUAUUCCAUAUAAACUUUUCAUUUAUAGAAUUGUUCAUCUUUAAAGGGAAAAAAAAUGGAAAAAAUUUCCAAACCUCUCGCUAAAACAGUUUUCUAAAUAUUUCACAUCUAAAUAAAGGGGCGCUAACCUGGUGACGCGCAGUGUAUGUCUAUAUAUAUAUAUAUUUCUAUAUAUGUAUAGAGCUAUUGAAUAAUCGAAUACAACAAAUUAACCGACAAACGAUUUACUUUACAUCGAUCUUUACGGGAAACUAACUAACUCCAAUUUUAAAUCGCUGUCUUUACCUAUUCACCAAAGUCCAAAUAAAAAUCAAAAGUAAUCUUAGUGCGAUAAAUAUAACUUACCAAAUAUAUUAUAUCCGUGGACUUAUCCAACUUAGAAGCACAAAUACACAUAUUUCAAGACAUAUCAUUGAAGACGCCUCUGUAAAUGUGUUUUUUAAAUCCAACUGAUAUAUAUUUAAAUAUACUUAUACUUGUCAAUCUAUCCGUGAGUUCCUUU